AUAUUAUAUAAUCAUGGAGUUUGAGUGCCAAAUUCCAGCAGAAUGACUUCCACGCGUCAAGACACGGGGAGGAGAGCUGUCAAUAAGGCUGUGUUAUCCUCUGUCAUCACGAAGGAGGUUGUUACCUCUGGAAUACCUCAGACCGAUGUUUCUCAUGCGGCCAAGUCAGCCCCUCCUCGUGUUUCGGGGGUUAUUGCGCCCCAGGCGGGUCAGACUAAUGCAGGUAGCUCACCUAUCGCCCAGAGGCUACCUCGUUUGCCGAACAACCUGAAGUUCAAGAAAAUCCCGAAGGAGACAUCUUCGGAGAAACUCUCGGCGAGCGAGCUUGCUCGAUGCCAGCAGCAGUGCUCCGAGUAUUUGGUUUCCAAGGGGUUGCCAACGUUGCCACCAACGGAGACCCCCUUCCAAAAUACAGUCCCCUCCCCAUUAGUGGCCCCAACAGGUGGUGCUAGUCAAUCUGGAUCAAGAAGCAUGGAUCUCGUUGAAGCUACACCUGGAAAUCUCAGACAGUCUCCACCGCGAGAUUGCCACGUGCACUUACCCUGGCGUUCAAAGCGAGAUCAUUUGGCUGCUCGCCAGCCUUAUCUUUGGGACCUGCAACAUCGGAAGCGUACGUCUCCAAUACCUUCCCCAGGCCCAAGAAAGGUGUCUCAUCUGACCUCUUCUUCUCAUGGAUGUGGUGAUCAUUCUUCUCCUCGUGAUGCGCCUUCCCCUUCUCGGUGGCCCACUUCUUCCCCUCCUUGGCCGCGUGCUCCCUCCCCCCAUCAGCGCACUCCUUGCCCUCUUGAGGUCGCUCCACGCCCACCCCCUCCUUCUCGUGGGCCCACUCCCUCUUCUAAGAGGCCUGCCUCUCCUCGCCCACGCUUACCUUCCAUCCCCCAGCAACAUGCCCCUUUCCAUCAGCGCCCAUCAGUAACAAGUGUUGAUGAUAUGACGGAUGUGGAUGCCCCAUCGUCGCAACCACUACAAGAGCAACUAGGUGUAGGUGAUUCCGCACCUGUAUCUGUGGGUCGGGUUGGACCCUUUUCCGAACACGCUCGGGCGUGGUUUGCAUCCCUGUCGAACUCUCCUGUUGUAGAACAUAUGUCGCCUGCCCCACCUACUCAAUCCUGUCAGACUCUCCCCUACGCAUCCUGGCAUUGCUUAAGAACCCCCCUUGACAGUGUGCACUUCGAGUCGUUUGACAGAACGACUCUGAACACGUGGGCUAAGGGUCUCUUCAACAUAUCCGGAGUGUAUGCCGUUACUCAGAUCACAGCCACGAAAACAUCUUCCAAGUAUGGAAAAUGGCACGUUGCGGUCUUGGCAAAACAACGCAGUGUUCUGGAUGAAGUCCUUGCAGCUCUGUCAGCGGACAGUGAGCGCUACCAUGCUGCGCUCCAGCACUCGGUAAUAGUCCCGAUCGAUCCAUUCUCCGGAAAGGAGGCUUUGAGAUAUAUUUGGGAUUCCCGCUUUGAUUUACACUACAUUGGGCUGGUAUGGGAGGAGUUUGAGUGGGGACCCAAGCGGAAUUGUUUUCUUGUUGAUGCACCACCAGUUUUAACUAACGAAAACAUCGGCGACGAGCUUCUUUACCACGCAUGCGCUCCUCUGGCCCCAACGCAUGAUGAAAUAGUUCCCAGGGAUGCAAUUCUAACUGCAUUCGACUUUGGCCCUCACGUACUUCGGGCUUGGUACGAUGGAUUGCCAUCUUACUUGAAGACGUAUGAUGUGACUCGAUUUAUUCUUGUUGCCCGUGCAUAUGACUCCGCCAUUUUAAAAGGGAAGAAGGCAUUCAUGGCCAACAUUUGGCGGACAAAAUCGGACAUAGACAGAGCCAUUCGGAACUUGAUGCUGUAUCUUCGCAAUUCGGAUGAUGCUGUCCAGAGGGUAUCGAAAGAGAAAACGGAGUCAUUCCAGUACUUGAGGGGUCAACGAAAAUGGCGACUCACAGUCGACCUUACUGUCAUCGACUUUUGCCCUUAUUUCCGGAUCGAAUAAGAGUA